UAUAAAAGCCACACACUGCAAGACACAACAUGUUUCAGUUCAACUGAUAGUGAUGGUUAGACUGGCAAAAAUGAGAAAGUCCACAUCAGAUUUGAGCUUGGAGUGUUUGAUCUACUGCAGGAACCCUGACACGACGACGGGACAGAAAGAGAUGAAACAAACAAACUGGAGAUCAAGAAUAUUUUUCAAGACUUUUCCCAUGAGAGAAUCACGCCACACACUGCCGCAGAGGAAAUCAUAUGGGCCAACUACUGAAGAAGUGACUCAAUGGGCACAAUCUAUGGACAACCUGCUGAGCAGCAAAUGUGGAUUAACCGCUCUGCGGCUGUUCAUGGAGUCUGAACACUGCGAGGAGAACAUCGAGUUCUGGAUGGUCUGUGAAGAGUUCAGAAAGAUCAGGUCCAGAUCAAAACUCAAAUCCAGGGCAAAAACCAUAUACGAGGAGUUCAUCAGGGAAGAUUCUCCAAAAGAGAUCAACCUGGACUUCCACACAAAGGAGUCCCUCAACCAGAGCCUUCUGAUCCCAACACAGUCCAGUUUCAAAGCUGCCCAGAACAGAGUUUACUUCCUGAUGGAGCACAACUCGUACCCUCGGUUCCUGGACUCUGAACUCUAUCACCAACUCUGCAGAAUUGCUGCGGGGGAGCGAUAAUGUGUUUAAAAAGAUGGACCGGUCCGUUUCAGAAUGCUGAACUACUAAGAUGUCAGUGUAUUUAAUAUUGCACAAUUUGCACAGAUUUGUAAACAGUCAGGUAUUGAGUGUUCACGUAAUGUCGUAUCUAUGUAAGUUUUUUUAUUAUUUCAGAUUGCUUUCAGGAUUUUGAGUGCACUGCUAUUAAGAAACAAAAACAAAGAAUAAGCAAAAAGUGUAUGUUUACAGACUGACAUUGGUUGUUUUUUUCUUAAUUAACAAUUUUUUUAUCAGUUAAUAUUGAAUUAUUCAUGCUCAUUUUCUCAUUUUUUACAUUUGGAUUGAAUUUUUUUUUAACCCUUUCUAUCUAGCACUCACUGAAAGUUAAUCUCUAAAAAACACUAAUCAUAAUACAAAUACAUUUGGAUUAAAUAAUAUUUGUUUUUCAUUCCAUUACACUGUAAUUGUUUAUAUUUUUCAAAGCUGUAAAUAAAAGAGAUUAUUGGA